AUGGUGUCCGUCGAAACAAUUGGUUCAAUAUUCAUCAAAGCAUUGAAAUUGAUCAUCAAUUUAAUUGUCCUGAUUUUGUAUCGCGUUGGUGAUGGUGGUGAAUUUUUGGGUGUUGGCGGAACAUGGAAUUUAAAUGAGGAGAAAAGUGCCGAUUGUGAAAUUGUCGCGUCGGGUGUAAUGGUUGGAUUCUUUAUUUAUACUGGAGUGCAUACCAUUGCAUUUUUGUUCGGUACUACCAAACAUAAGAGAGAACUAUCCGACACCAUUAUGAAUGUGGUGGGUACUCUGAUGUGGGUGGCCGUUGGUGGUGUUGCCUUGCAUUACUGGAAGGGUUACAUGAAGGAUAAUGAUUUCUUAUAUGUUGCCUCGGAAAGACAAGUCGGUAUUGCCAUGGGUGCCUUAUGUGUCAUUGAGGGUGCUCUCUAUCUGCUGGAUACUGUGUUGGCUUGCAUACAUUACUCCAAGGGUGAUACCGAUUAUGUGCAAUAA